AUGGCCAUCGCUGAUUUGCUGCUAACCUUGGUAGUGAUGCCCUGGUCGAUUUCCUUGAUAUAUACAGACGGUUUGUGGAUGAUCCCGGGAGUAUUUGGAAAAGUCAUGUGCAAAGGUGUUGUAUACACUAUCUAUGUAAAUUCAUCAGCAUCCAUCCUCUCCCUGACGUUCAUGGCGAUCGACAGGUACUAUGCCAUCGUUCAUCCCCUCCGCCGCCAUCUUUGGUUUCGAAAGCCUAAACUAACCGUUCCAUUUAUUUGGAUUUGGUCACUGGUCUCCAUGUCCAUUUUCCUUGUUAUUCAAACCGUGGAGGAACACAAUAAUUAUUGCAUGCUAUCUGUUUACAUCUUGGGUGAUCCAGAUAAGGCUAUUCGAGGAAUAUACCUCCUCCUUUUCGUCGUCAACUAUCUCAUCCCCUUGGUCGUUAUUUCUUUCCUGUAUACCAUAACUACAUGGAAUUUAUGGUUCCAUGUUACACCUGGAGUGAAUACUUUGAGAGGAAAUCGAGCGCAACUCGAAACCUCCAAGAGAAGAGUGAUUCGGAUGCUCAUUAUUGUUACCUGUGCCUUUGCCCUUUGUUGGCUCCCACCACAAGUGGUCCACAUGAUGAUGGUCAUUCACGCAUCUAAGGCCCACCUACAUAUACAGCCGAUUGUCAUUGUUGUGUGUUUUUGGUUUGGACACGUCAACAGUGCCGUUAACCCAUGGCUGUACAUUUUUCUGAGCACCAAGAUAAAUAUGGCGUUUAUUAGGAUAGUCAGUAGAAAAAGCAGCCGGUUGCCUUCAAGUCUCACCGUCAAAAGAGCAGAUGCCGUCUUACCUCCUGAAGAUGAUCAUGAAGCAAUCCAGAAAGAAUCAAGAGUAUAAUCUCUCUCACAGCAUGAAACUUUUAUUACCAAUUUGGUAACUGUAAGAUCGAAACUUGCUUCAGUAGGAUUUGCGUAUCACUAAUUAGAUAAUAUGAUAAAAAUUCCCCUAUACGGUUUCAUAAAAGUUCCUGUAGUAAUCCGAGUAAUUUCAUGAGAAAUUGAUAGUUGCAACUAAUUUCGAGAAUAACCGUUCUAUCAGCUGGUAAGAAUAAAAAGGGGGAUACGUUGCAGAGUGAACUAUAGGAAGAAGCAUACUGGCAUUGCUUCUGUGAUGUUUGAGGCAGUGUGGUGAGAGUGCUGAACUAGUGAUCUGGUGGUCACGGGUGAAAGCCCUCUACCUUAUUACUCGCUGGAUUUGUUCUCGUCUCCCUAAGGUCGAUUCCUUAACUCACUUUGUAUACAGCCAACUGGUGUGCCCCCUGCUGGCUGGGAUUUUUAAACAUUAUGAUUAUUUACAAUGUCUGUUUCCCAAUUUGAUUGACAUGACCAUGAAAGCCCCCUGGGGGAAUUGGUCAAAAGGGAAUUACUGACAUGUUUAUUCCAUACUCAGGCUAGCGUU